AUGACUGUCCAGUCGGGUGGGCCGCAGAGUCCAGCCAGGUACUUGGAGGAAUGGGACACAGCAAUGGAUACGAAACCCGUCCCUGGGAUCUUCACUGUAUCAGGGGUACUGAGCCGAACGCAAAUUGGCAGUUCUGACGAAGUGCUCUCGCGAAUGGCCCCUAAAGGAAAAUUUUUGGAAAUGGUUUUUCGAAAAGUUCCGUUAGUGUUUCUCCGCGGGAAGUGCGUCGGGAAGUUUACUGUUAAUCAAACGGAAGUCCCGGAUCAGGCCAGGGCGAAAACAGACAGAGACGAACCGAUCUCUAGAAAAUCCCGAGCCCCCUUCGAUCGUGUAGGAUUUUUGUCACGUCUAUUCGUCACAUGGGUUCACCCACUUUUCUGGAAGGGUUGGAGGAAGACUCUGGAUGCCGAAGAUUUAUACAGGGUGCCUUCUGCUGAUGAGUCUGCCCGACUCGCUGCAAAAUUGACAAGGUCUUGGGAUCAGGAACAAAACAUUCUCGACUCAACGAAGCGUCCUUCCUUACUAAGAGCUCUGGUGCGGGAAUUCGGUCUUGUUUAUAUGCUCACUGGAGUCCUGGCAUGCAUUGAAGAAGUGUUUCUCAGAAUUCUGCAACCUGUGUUUAUGGGGCUGCUGAUCCGUUACUACAGCAGAACGCUGGGAGACUACCCGUGGAUCCCGGAUCCGGAGAAUCCGCAAUGGUCCUGGAUCUUCGGAUCGGGCAUCAUGCUCUGCUCUGUGAUAUACUGUUUCACUCACCAUGCCCUGUUUUUCAGUCUGCAGCGCACAGGAAUGAGACUCAGAAUCGCAUGCAGUUCCAUCGUCUUCCAAAAGGCAUUGCGCCUGAGCCAGAGGUCACUGGCUAAAACGUCGGCAGGUCAGAUGGUGAACUUGCUGUCCAAUGAUGUGAAUCGGUUCGACCAGAGUCUUAUCAUGCUUCACUACCUGUGGGUCGGACCACUUCAGCUCUGUGUGGCGACUGCUGUGCUCUACUAUGAACUGGGCUUCGCUUGCUUCGCUGGCAUAGCGGCGCUCAUCGUUUUCAUUCCUCUUCAAGGCGGAAAUGGCGAACAUGGCCGACAAAAUAGGCCUUCGGGCCAAGAGCGCACCAAAAACACCAGAUGGGCGCAGAUGUUUGUCUCGGAGAAGAUGGAAAACAACACCCGGUGCAGCUGCGUGUACUGCGCAGUAGCAAUGGAAAAUUUCCAAGAUCCCGGCCUGGCAAAUCCAAAACAAAGAGACGCCGACAUCCGCGGGCCAACGCGCCGCGCGGUAAAGAGGUACAAGAUCCCCUCUCAAGGGGAUCAGGUUACCGCCAACCAGGGAGCCAAGCAACGACCCCAAAAAACGCGCGCGCGCACUCAAGAUCACGUGAUCCCCGAGUGCUGA